GCAAAGGGCAUUGGGAUCAGCACGGCCCUGGGGAGCCCAUAGGGAAGAAGAGGAGGGUAAAGGCAAGCUGAAGGAGGGAAUGGCGGCCACCACGGUGACGGAUGCUGGAGGGGUGCGCAUCAUCACGGAAGUCAUCCCAGCCUCCGACCCCCGUGUGGCCCAGUUGGCUCCCAGCUCCAGGCCGGCGGCAGCACCGGUGUCAUUCCAAGUGCGGGGCUUCCGAAGGGCUCAGCCCAAGGCGUUGGGGACCAUCCACAUCCUCACUGGGAUCAUCCACAUCUGCUUUGGGAUCAUCCUGACGGCAGCGGAGCAUCAGAAACCUGCCCUCCCCGUGGCCAGUGGGGUCCUCUUCUGGCUGGGGCUCCUGCUCCUGGUCUCGGGCUCUCUGCUGGUGGAAAGCGAGAAGCGAGACAGCAUCCUCCUGGUCAAGACGUGCUGCGUGCUCAAUGCCGGCCUCAUCCUGAGCACGCUGGUGGCCGCCCUGCUCCACAGCACGGCCAUCACCCGCGACAGCCCCGGCUGCGAGCCCAGCACUGGGAUCCAGCUCAGAGCCGAGUGGUGCUGGCACAGCGAGAGCAAGCUCCUGAGCAAUGGGAUGGAUUCCCUGCUCGUGGUCUUCAUCCUGCUCGAGUUCUGCGUGGCCGUGGCGGUGCUGGCCUUUGGGUACCACGCUGUCAAGCAGCACAGCUACACCCGCAUGGUGAUGUAGCCAUGGCCAGGCACGGAGCCAUCACUAUUGAGAGCUGCAUCCGCGAUGCUGGAGCCCCUGAGAUGCUCCCUGAUCCCUGGGGGUGCUGGGAUCGGAGCUUGAGACCCCCGCUACCCCCGGGGCAGGGCACCGCGGUCCUCAGCGCCACAAUAAAGGCUCUUUAUUGCAUUGGCA